UAUUGCAUACAGCAGUGCUCGAAGCUUGAUGUUUUGAACACGGGUUGGACUACUAAGCUAAUAUACUCCUAACACCAAGCUCUCAAGUUCUUGAGUUAUCUGUUCCAAAAAGGCAAACCCGUAUCCCCCUACCGCUACAUAUAUAAUUGUGACGUUAGUAAAUUAUAUUUUUAUCCCCCCACUUUCUCUCACUCUUGCUUAAUUUUUCUCUUUCUUUCUCUCACUCCCUCCUUGCCUCUCAGCCUUUCUUAGAUUUGUUAGUGUUAGUAAUAUUUUUUUUUUACACUUCGGAGCGCUAAUAUCUCUUUUCGUUAAAACGAGUUUAUUUUCGUUUGACUUGUAGUCCUUUCAACAUGAAGUCUUUUCUGAUUAUCCCCGUCUUUAUAUUUUUGCUGACAUUAUGGAUACAAUUAGGAUAUGGACUUCAAUGUCAUAACUGCAACUCGUUUUAUAAUGAAGGCUGUGGGCUAUCAUUAAGUAAUUCUUCUGAAUUUGUGACGAAUUGCUCUGAUACGGACAAGGGAUGUAGAAAAGUUGUGCAGAAAAUCAAAGUCAAGGAGGAAUGGGAAACACGAUACAUCAGACAGUGUGCAGAAGAUGGUGUAGUCGGCAAAUGCGACUAUAAAGUUGGCACUGAUGAUAUAAAAAUGUUUUAUUGUUACUGCACAGACAAAGAUAAAUGCAAUAGUGGAUCAAGCCUGUACAGUACAGUUUUCCUUGUAUUUAUUGCCAUCAUUGGACAGUACCUAAGCUAUGAUCUUUAGCAUUAUUCACAUUACAAACUCUAUUUUUUACAUAAAUUUCUUGCUAAUGACUCCCUCCCUUUUUUUUUUUUAUAAAGUUUGUUAUUUACAUAAUUUUUUUCGCUUGUUCCAUUUGAUUAAAUAAUAAUCUGUUUUCUUCUAGGUUAAAAAUCUUAAGCUUAACAACUCAACUCAUGCAACACUAAUUUCUUAAACCAUUUUCAUUUCUCUUUCUUGCAUUUUUUUUUUUUUGUAUUCUGAUGUUUCUCAUCUUAAAUAGUGUUAUUUAAACAAAUUUCACUCUAAUUUUGAUGAAUUCUAAAAGUAGAAUAGUAAUUUGCUUUUUAAAAUCGUUUUUUUAGUUAGACUACUUAACAUUUGAAAUCUAACCUCUUCAGACUUGAUUAAAAAUAUUAUUUACUUAGUUAUAUUUUUUGCUUUCACUUGGAGAUGUUACAUUUUACUUCUAUCAAAAGUUUUAUGUGUCUGGUAUUCUGAGUGGGGUAUAAAAUGUAACUUUUUGUUUGUAAAAAAAAAAAAACCCAAUAAAAUAUGUUCUUGUAAUUAAUAUUGCUUGGUACCUGUUAAACUUUAGGAUGAAGCUGAAAGAAUAGCUUAAAUGGAUAUUUUUGAAAGUCGCAUUUAUCUUAUAAACAGAUCAUUUUGGCGUGAAUAAUAAAUAAUAAAGAAAUAGUCAUUUAAAAAUCUAAAGAUUAGGGAUGCAAAUUUUCUGCAAGGUUUAACUCUGUGGUUAAGUACACCACAAUUAUGAAAACCAAAUGAAUUUUCUAGAAA